CCAACCUCUCAACAUGUUGUCACUGGCACUGCUCUACAUUCUGGCUGUGGUUUGCUCUGCGCGGAGAACUCAUGCACUGCCUCUUUAUUCAGACACAGCACUGCCACAACAGGAAGAACUGAUUCAGAAACUGGUGGCAGAGGUUGAGGACAGACAAAAUAAUGACUUAACGGAGCAAAGGGACAUUAAAACUGUGCUCCCUGUCCUGCUUCAGAGAGGUGCAAAAGAGACUUUGCAACAAGACAAAAUGAAUAACAUGGUGGAUGAUUUAAAAGCAGUCGUCUUGAAACUCGCAGCAGCUGAUAAUCUGCGUUCUCAAGGCUAUCUACGAUCUGAGCAAAACUUACCCAAAAACAAUAAGAGAGGUGAGCAAUUAAAGUAUCUAAGCAGAUGUUUUCAUAUAUGUAGUGCAAAAAUAAAUAAAUAAAUAAAUCAAUGUUUUAAUGAAUAUUUUAAUUGUAGACAAGUACAUACAAUUAUGUAAUGCAGAUUUAAAAAAAAAAUGUCAAAGACAACACAAUGGCUUUUUAUUCUUCUUAUAUUGCAUUACUAAAUCCAUUUUUUGUCCUUCCGUUUAUAGCCUGUUUUUGGAAAUAUUGUGUUACAAACUAGGCAUGAAUCUGCUGAGAUGGACAGAGGACCAGCCUAACACACCUGAUGUACAAACAUCUAAAAUGUAUGCUUUUGUUUUCCCCCAUAAAGUCCACCCAGCUGCUGUUUGACAUUGUGAAUAUUGUUUUAUAUAUAGUAAUUAAACAGGAAUAUGAAUGUAUUUUUUAUCAUGAAUGAAAACUGACCUAGAACUGCAAGUGUAAAAUAAAAAUAUAGUCUGGGUGAAACAGAUGAGUUGUAAGAUUUAUGUUUUUAAACCCAUCUUUCAUCAAAGCUCUGGAAAGACAAACAUGUGAUGUGUAUGAUAUUAAUUUUAUUUUUAAGUAAAAUCUGAAAGAAAGCAGUUUAAUCUCUUUCUCAAACAAUCCCAACGUCUAACAAUGGUGUCUCAAUGGUGACUCAUACAUCCAUCACAAUAACCCUUAAUACAAAACAACCAUUACCGCCGCAUGACUCACAGACUCCAGUUCUGCGCGUGAUUUGACUAAACUUUUAUCUCUACAGUGUUUUCAGCUCAUUUUUACAGAUGAUUAAAAACACAUAGCCUUUUUAGCUAUACAUUACAUAUAACUGAGUAUGCCCUAAUGAAUAUAUACACAAAUAUGCACAAAAAAAUUACAUAUGCAGUUAAAAGCACAUCUCUGUUGACUGUUUUGCAAAGGAUUCUAUAACCUCUAAAACUACCGGAAUAAAGCCUCUUUGACAGUAGCAGUCACUCAGAAGUAUUCUAGUGUAUCUAAUGGGCUUUGAGCUCACAGGCACAAUGAAAGUACAUUAGCAAACUGUGUGUGGUGUGUUUUUUUUUUUGUUUUUUUUUGUUUUUUGGCUUCACUGUAAUAGAUGAACUAGAUGAAUAGAUGAACCUGUGAACUACAAAUA